CCAGAACUCCGGCUUAGGUAGCUCUUUCCUUGUACAUAUGGAAAUAGCCUUUUGCCUUUUGGAUUGAACCUUAGGUGAACCCUUUGCUGAAGAUAUCGUGAUAAUUCUCUUUGAGUUUCAAUAUUUACUUGCUUUUCUGCGAGAGUUCCACCAAGAUGGCUCUUCGAGCCCCCAUAGCACAACUCACAAGAAGAGCAUCGCCAAAUACCAUCGCAAAGCUCUCCGGCAAGCCGACAUCGUCAUUAUGGCAACGGAACAGCGCAGACCAAUUGAGGACAUUCGCAACCCCAGUUCCGCCAGUCACACAGGAUGCCACGAGUUCUAAGGGUCCCACAGCAAUGGUGUUUAUGAAUAUGGGAGGACCUGCUACUACGGAUGCGGUCGGAGAUUUUCUGAGUCGCCUCUUCGUAUGUUUCCUGGGAUGCAUAGCUACUUUCUUAUGCUAAUACCUUUUCAGGCAGACGCAGAUCUGAUUCCUCUGGGCCCCUUUCAAAAUUACCUGGGGCCAUUCAUCGCUAAGCGCCGAACUCCCAAAAUCAUCAAGCAAUAUGCUGCAAUUGGUGGCGGAUCACCUAUUCGAAAAUGGUCCGAAUACCAAGCGGAGGAGAUGUGCAAAAUACUCGACAAGAUAUCUCCACAAACCGCGCCCCACAAGCCCUACGUAGCCUUUAGAUAUGCAAAUCCGUUGACGGAGGAAAUGUACAAUAAAUUACUUGAAGACGGUUUUGGAAACGGAAAGGGCGGAAGAGCGGUUGCAUUUACCCAAUAUCCCCAAUACAGCUGUUCGACUACAGGAAGCAGUUUAAAUGAGCUCUGGAAAUGGAGACAGAGAUUAGAAGGAAAGGCUGCAGGCCCUACGAAUGCCAACGAUGGGUCUAUCAACUGGAGUGUGAUUGACCGAUGGCCUGCGCACCCAGGACUCGUGGAUGCUAUUGCUCUCAAUAUCGAGGCAAAGCUUAAAGAAUAUCCAGAGAAUGUGAGAGACGAUGUUGUCUUGCUGUUUUCCGCUCACAGCUUGCCUAUGGAUGUGGUAAACAGAGGUUUGUCAUUUCCCGAGUCCCUGCCUUGGAGCAAUUGUACUAAUUGUAAUUUAGGUGACCCAUAUCCAGCUGAAGUGGCGGCGACAGUCUACGCUGUCAUGCAGCGGUUAGGGAACAAGCACCAAUACCGUCUUGUGUGGCAGUCACAAGUUGGGCCCAAACCAUGGUUGGGGGCUCAAACAAGCAGCACAGUAACGGAUUAUAUUGCCAAGGGUCAAAAGAAUCUGAUUUUGAUUCCUGUUGCUUUUACAUCUGAUCACAUUGAAACGCUCUUUGAGUUGGAUCAAGAAGUUAUUGGCGAGUGUGGGCACAAGGAUACGGUCAAGAGAGCCGACAGUCUGAAUGGCCACCCCGUGUUUAUCCAAGCGUUGGCUGAUAUCGCAAAGACACACCUUGAUAGUGGGGUAUUGUGCAGCAAGCAAAUGGGGUUGAGGUGUCCUGGAUGCAAGAGUGAGAGGUGUGCAGCGAGCAAAAGAUUCUUCGCGGGUCAGGCGAGAAGUGAUGCUCUUGCAGUUUGAAGGGACGAAAGAGAAUAUGUAGCAGCUACUUGUGGGAGUGUAUGAUCAAAAGAAAAGAACACAACCCUGUAUUAUAUUUGUAGCCUGUGGAAAAAGAAAUAUGUUUUCACUCUCGUCGUUGUCGUCUAAAUCAUACCAAC